ACGCCUACGAGAUGCUCCCCUUCUUGUCCUCCACUCUUUCCUCUCUACAGCCACACAAGGAAAUUAACAGCUAUGCUUCUCUUUCUCCUUCCUUUCCUUUCCCUUCUCUUUCCUUCCCCUUCCUUUUCUCUCAACCAAGAAGGCCUCUAUCUCCACCAAGUGAAGCUCUCUCUCUCUGACCCUGACUCCGCUCUCUCUUCCUGGUCCGACCGCGACACCACCCCUUGCUCCUGGUUCGGCGUUAGCUGCGACCCUGUUACCCACUCUGUCUCUUCCAUCGACCUCUCCAACUCCAACGUAGCUGGCCCUUUUCCUUCCCUCCUCUGCCGCCUCCACAACCUCACGUCCAUUUCCUUCUAUAAUAACUUCAUUAAUGAGAGUCUCCCUCUUGACAUUUCCUCCUGCCAGAAUCUUCACCACCUUGAUCUCUCUCAGAACUGCCUUACUGGUACACUCCCUCAUACCUUAGCUGACCUCCCCAACCUCAGGUAUCUUGACCUCACCGGUAACAACUUCUCCGGGGAUAUUCCUGAGUCUUUUGGUCGGUUUCAAAAACUCGAGGUCAUUUCUCUUGUUUAUAAUCUCUUUGAUGGGGUAAUACCCCCAUUCUUGGGCAACAUUACUACUCUAAAGAUGCUGAAUUUGUCUUACAAUCCGUUUUCUCCUGGUCGGAUUCCUCUGGAGCUUGGGAACUUGACCAACCUGGAGAUUUUGUGGCUCACUGAGUGUAAUCUAGUUGGUGAGAUUCCUGACUCCCUGGGUCAACUCAAGAAUCUCAAGGAUUUGGACCUUGCAGUCAACAGUUUAACCGGCACCAUCCCGAGCUCACUCACUGAGCUGACUAGCGUGUUCCAAAUCGAGCUCUACAACAAUUCGCUGACCGGUGAGUUGCCUCGGGGGUUGGGGAAUUUAACUGCAUUGAGACUGCUUGACGCGUCGAUGAACGACUUGAAUGGGCCUAUUCCUGACGAGUUGUGCCGGUUACCAUUAGAGAGUCUCAAUCUCUAUGAGAAUCGAUUCGAAGGGAACUUGCCUGCGAGCAUUGCCAACUCACCACGAUUAUACGAGCUCAGACUGUUUAGUAACAGACUCACCGGCGAGUUGCCCCAAAACCUCGGCAAAAAUUCGCCGCUGAAAUGGCUCGACGUGUCGAGCAAUAAAUUCACAGGCCAAAUCCCUGCGAGUUUGUGUGCAUAUGGCGAGUUAGAGGAGCUGCUAAUGAUACACAAUUCAUUUUCGGGUCAAAUACCGGAAAGUUUAAGUGAAUGCCGGAGCUUAGCUCGUGUCCGCUUGGGGUAUAACCGGUUCUCUGGUGAAGUGCCAUCUGGGUUCUGGGGCUUGCCUCAUGUAUACCUUGUUGAGCUUGCUAACAAUUCAUUUUCUGGUCCAAUUGCUAAGACCAUAGCCACGGCAGCAAAUUUGUCGCUGUUGAUUUUAGAUAAUAAUCGUUUCAAUGGAAUCAUACCACAGGAGAUUGGUUGGUUAGAGAAUCUUCGGUCUUUUUCUGGAAGUGAAAAUAAAUUCAGUGGACCGUUGCCCGUGAGUAUAGUGAAUCUGAAGCUGUUGGGAAGUCUGAAUCUUCAUGGGAAUUUGCUUUCCGGUGAGCUGCCAAGCGGAGUUGAUAACUGGAAGAAAAUGAAUGAGCUCAAUUUGGCUAACAACCAGGUUUCAGGGAAGAUACCCGAGCAAAUUGGAAGGCUGCCUGUGCUUAAUUAUCUCGAUUUGUCUAACAAUCAGUUUUCUGGGAAAAUCCCACUUAGCAUGCAGAAUUUAAAGUUGAAUCAUCUGAAUUUGUCAAAUAACAGGCUAUCUGGGGAGAUUCCACCUUUCUUUUCCAAGCAAAUGUACAAAAGUAGCUUUCUUGGAAAUCCUGGCUUAUGUGGAGGUAUUGAAGGUCUGUGCGAUGGAAGAGGUGAAGGUAAAGGCGGAGGUUAUGUCUGGUUUCUGAAGUCCAUUUUCAUACUUGCUGCUCUAGUCCUUGUUGUUGGUGUGGUUUGGUUCUAUUUCAAGUACCAGAGUUUUAAGAAUGCAAGAGCUAUCGACAAGUCAAAAUGGACAUUGAUGUCGUUUCACAAGUUGGGUUUCAGUGAAUGCGAGAUCUUGGCUUCUCUUGAUGAGGAUAAUGUAAUAGGAAGUGGAUCUUCAGGCAAAGUGUACAAGGUUGUGCUUAGCAUCGGCGAAGUAGUAGCAGUGAAGAAGCUCUGGGGAGGGGAUAAAAAGGAGAGUGAUGAAACCGAUGUUGAGAAGGGUCAGUUCCAGGACGACAGAUUCGAAGCAGAGAUUGAGACUUUGGGUAAGAUUAGACACAAGAACAUUGUGAAGCUAUGGUGCUGCUGCAUCACUAGAGACUGCAAACUUCUGGUAUACGAGUACAUGCCAAAUGGUAGCUUGGGUGAUUUGCUGCACAGUGGCAAGGGAGGGUUGCUAGAUUGGCCAACAAGAUAUAAGAUCCUUUUAGAUGCAGCUGAAGGACUUUCAUAUUUGCAUCACGACUGCGUUCCUCCAAUUGUGCAUAGAGAUGUUAAGUCGAGCAACAUUCUGUUGGAUGGGGAUUUCGGAGCAAGGUUGGCCGAUUUCGGUGUAGCCAAGGUGGUUGAUUCUACCGCCGGAAAGCCCAAGUCCAUGUCUGUUAUUGCAGGGUCCUGUGGUUACAUUGCUCCAGAGUAUGCUUACACACUUAGGGUGAAUGAAAAGAGUGAUAUCUACAGCUUUGGUGUGGUAAUUUUGGAGUUAAUCACAAGGAAGCUUCCGGUGGAUCCAGAGCUCGGCGAGAAGGAUUUGGUCAAGUGGGUAUGCACCACUCUAGAUCAGAAAGGAGUAGAUCAUGUAAUUGAUCCCAAAUUGGAUUCUUGUUUCAGAGAAGAAAUAUGCAAGGUCCUCAACAUUGGCAUUCUCUGUAUAAAUCCUCUCCCCAUCAGCCGUCCAUCAAUGAGAAGGGUGGUGAAAAUGCUGCAAGAAGUUGGACCAGAGAACAUCCCAAAGACUGCUAAAAAAGAUGGGAAAUUGACACCCUAUUACAAUGAAGAUGGCUUAGAUCAUGGAAAUGUAGCUUGAGAAAUACAAUAAUUAUAGUUUUUGUUUCCAACUUGGGAGUUUGAAGGAGCUAACAGAGAGACAAGCUCCAAUUUUCUUGUUUUAGUGCUAAUCUUCCCAGUUUGGGGUAAAAGGAGAUUGUUGUUAAAUUACUGUAAAACGUAAAGUGAAAAUCC